UGCUGCGGUGACGUCACAGAGGGGGAGAGACUCCGCUGGGUUGCAGUCGGCACCGGCGGCUGCAGGUUCACAAACUUCAACGCGUGCGUGACGGACGAACGUUCCUUUCCACGCUCCUCUUCCACGAAUAUCUUUGAGCGCAGGACUUCAAUCUGGUGGAAUUGUGUUGACUAACGAACGAAGUGACCAACUCACCAAGCUACAAGCCAACUCAUGGACGCCAAGUGGAGGGAAAGUUGCAAGGGUGCUUUUGGAGUGUCUCCUCAAACGUGGACGUUAUGGUGAUGAUGCUGGCGGUGAGGAUGAUGAUGUUGGUGUACUGAUGUUUGAAGAUGAUUAGCGAGGAGAGAAGCAGCCACGUCAAUAAACAGUCGGCCGUGGUGGGCUUGCUGAUCUGCUCUCCCAAGAGGAGACUCGCCCAACUCGGUCGGAAAGCCAGCAAUGGAUCAACACAGUCCCAAGGUUCGACCGGCACCGUCCGCUCUGCUGAGAGUUCGGGCGUCCGGCAGCCGGCCAAGUCCAAAAUCCGGCGCCACAAUAACAACAACAACAACAAGAAGCGUCUGUCCGGUGUGUUCAACCACAGCCCCAACCUCCGCCGAAGCGACGGAGGCGGCGGCUCGGCCUCGGCGCAGGACGACCCGGCCGAGCUGUCCUGCCAGCUGUCUGUGCCCGGCAUCCUCAAGAUCUUCGGGAGUGAUAUUUGCCAGGGCGCCAACUACAAGAGCGUCCUGGCCACCACACAGUCCAGCGCCAAGGAACUUCUCAAAGAAGCUUUGGACAGGUACAGUCUGGAGAAAGCGGACGCCGGCGCCUACGUGCUGUGCGACGUGAUCGGCCAGACGGGCCCGGGCGGGCAUUGGCGGCGAGAAUGUUUCCGCGUGGUGGGCGACCACGAGAAGCCGCUGAUGCUGCAGUCGCUGUGGAAACCCAAAGAAGGAUUCUCGCGACGCUUCGAGAUCCAGCUGAGGCUUCGCGUGGAGGAGCAGAGCCUGAAGGAGCGGGACACUGUCACGGCAGGAAUCAAUGCUCAAGCCCGCAAGCUUCAGCGGAACCGCUCCAGGGCCACCUCAUUGUUGGUGGACAGCAGCUCCGCAGAGGUUCUGGACGGGACUGACUUCUGGAGGAGCCUGAGCGAGAUGGACCUGAGCGGCAUGGGGAAGGAGGCCCGCGGGGCGCGGCACUCCCGAGACCAGGACCGGGACAAAGAUCAGGACGAGGAUGAGGACAAGGACGCUCUCAGGUUGCUGGGCACGGAGAAGGAAGAGACGGAGAGCAGCGACGACAACGCCACGCAGUACUCCAUCCACCCGCCCUUUGACUUUCCCUACUUCCUGCUCCUGCACGGAUACAACCACAGACAGGACUUUGUCAUCUACCUGCUCAGCGGGAGCAGCACGGUGUUGGGCCGCUGCGGCGAGCAUCACGCCGGCGAGGAUGAGGAGCGUCUGAAGGUGGACAUCCUGCUCUUCGCCCCCGACGUGCUCCCCCGCCAUUGCCGCGUGCGCCGUCUGGACGACGCCACCCUACUCAAGCCGCUCCACGGCGCCCCCGUCACAAAGAAUGGGGCACCCCUCAAGGAGGAGGUGGAGCUUCACCCCGGCGACCUGGUGGGCUUGGGGGAGCACUACCUCUUCAUGUUCAAGGACCCCACCGGCGCGGCAGCGGGAAACCUGCGCAAGACGCCUCCCUGGAUGAGCCGCCUGUGUCCCAACUGGGCUUCCGAGCAUCAUCCCGGCUGUCGGUCGUGUGGCUGGCGUCCCGCUGCUGCCAAUUUAGCGGAAGACGGCGGCGCAAUGCUAAGCUACAAUGCGGAACGGGAGGACGAGGUCCUGCGGAUGAUCCUGAACAUGUGGGAGCCUGGUGAUGGGGGGCCCAAGCUGACGGUCGCCUUCCUGCUCAGCCUGUGCCUCCGGCGCUCGGCCAGCGCGCGCGACUUGGACCGCUUCAGGCGGCUCCUGCUCAACGUGGCCGCCCGCGUGCAGAACGCCGUCUGGGACAAGACCAAGGAGCUCGCGUCGAUGCAGUCAGACAGCGAGCCCCCGCCGCAGACGCAACAACUGAUCUUGGGUCUGCGUCCCCUGGCUGCGUGGAUGGCAAACACCAUUGAGCUUCUGCACUUCAUACAGCACCGCGUCCCUCAGCUGAUGGUCACCGAGGGUGACCGGCGCUGGCCAGGUCUGAUGGACGAGGAAGAGGUUGCGUCCACUCGUGCUGCCUGCGAGGAAGCCAUGACGGUGCUGGAAGAGGUCAUCAUGUUCACCUUCCAGCAGUCUGUCUACUAUCUCACCAAGAGCAUGUACUCGGCGCUGCCAGCCGUGCUGGACGGCAAUCCGUUCUCGGAGAGCGGGCAUCUGCGCGUGCCAGACGGCCUGAGCGGCAUUCUGGAGGUGCUGAAGGAAGCGCUGCAGCUCUUCACCUCCUUCCAGGUGCACGCCGACAUCUGCCUGCAGUUGUGCGCGUACCUCUUCUUCUUCAUCAACGCCUCGCUCUUCAACGCGCUCAUGGAGAGAGGCUCGGCAGCGGGUUUCUACCAGUGGUCACGAGGGGUCCAGAUGCGGGCCAACCUGGACCUGCUGAUGGACUGGCUGCAGAGCAUCAGCUUGGCCGACGUGGCCGCCGACUUCUUCCAGAAACUCUCGGCCGCCGUCAACCUGCUGGCCACGCCCAAAGAAACGCUCCUUCAGGCGUCGUGGACUUCGUUGAGGUCCGAGUUUUCUGCCUUGAACGCGGCGCAGCUACAGCACAUGCUGAGCCAGUACAACACGGGCAAGAACCGACCCGCUGGUUGGACUCCUGGCCCGGAACACGCCGAAGACGCCUGCAGGACGGCGGACAUUUUGGAAAGCUUCGACCAGCACCCGCCGCUCAUCCUGCCAAGCAGGAGUUUCUUUUUGGAAGAAGCCCACCUGGACCCUGCCCUCCUGGAGCAGCUGGCCCGCUUGCAGCAGGUCAUCGACGAGACCUCCCCCAGGGAAGGGGAAGGGCAGGAGAUCUCCUCAGCAUCGUCCGCAACCACCUCGUGUGAGACCUUGCAUCCCCCUUGCCCGCUGCCGGAGCCCGCCGACGACCCCGACGUCACCGAGCGGGUCGUGACCCGAAAGGUGAAGGAGCCGGGCAGCACUGGCAAGCUGGACGCUCGCAACCUGUGUGCUCCUCCGGACCCGUCCUGCCUCCUCACGCCUCCCGACACGCCGCAAGCAAACCAGCUUGCAGACGAGGGUGAGCGCGUUGUGGAAAAGGACGAUGACGACGACGAUGUGUUCACGGUGGAGAUCCAUCGCGGUCCUCACGGUCUGGGCUUGGCCCUGGUGGACGGCAUGAAGACACCACUGAGGAUGAGCGGAAUUUACGUCAAGUCGCUCGUUCCCAACUCGCCCGCCGCUUUGUGCCUCCGCCUCAAGACAGGAGAUCGAAUCCUCGCCGUCAACGGCGUCAGCUUGGUCGGAAUGGACUACAGUGUUGGGCGUGAAGUGAUUCGCUCUUCGGGAGACUCGUUGAGACUGCUGGUGGCUAACAUGGACCCCGACAAAAACGCCAACAAAAGCUCAGAGACGACCAAAUGCUGAACAGGAAGUCAAGAAUGUUUCCUGCUUCCUGUCCGGAAGUCUCUCCACUCACUGCAAAACCUUUUAUUGUUGUUGUACUUUCUCAAUGUUUUUACUCAUUUGUAUUUAUAAAAAUGCUAUUUUCUCAUAUUUGUACAGUUAACGUAAUCACAAUAAAUCCAUAUCAUUGUGGGGUGUGCUGGCAUAGGCACGCUCGCAAUGUGACAGGAAAGCAGCAGGGUGUGUCUGCACCACUUUUUUUUCCAGUUUUAUUUUUGAAAAUGACUGUGACCACAACUGCGUCCUGAUGACUUCCUGCACAAAUCCAAAGAAAACACCCAAAAGAGUGAUUGGCUGCCCCCUGGCGGCUGCGUCCAGUUCAGCAUGUAUCUCAAAGCACUUUACAAAGGCAGCACAAUUUGUGUUUGACGUCACCGCGCAGUCACAAUAAAAGAAUAUGACAUUCA